UCAAAUUGCGCUGGUUGAUUGGUUGGUUGCAGUUUUCGCAAAAAUCUGCAAAAAUAAAGAGAAUCUCAAAAAAAUAAUUAUUCGCGAUUUUCUGACUUUGUAAAUAAAGUGUCUCCGUAAGAUUAUGCGUAUUUGAUUACCUCGGAAGUGCAGAUUCUUGGACUAAAUUACAGCUAUGGCUGAUAACAAAGACGUGCCAAUGGCUAAUAAUGAGGCUAGCCAGGUGCCUAAGAAUGCUUCGGGGGGUAAUCAGGAGGUGCGCCGACAGGAAGGUGAGGGGUCUCCGCCGCCGCCCGCGACGCCUCCGCCGGCGGCCGAAGAAGACACGCAGGAGAUCAUCAUUGUAAACGAGAACACGACAGAACUCGACAUGAACCACGGCAGGAUCGGGAAGAUUGAGAACCUUGAGCCCUUGACGAAAUUGGAAAGGCUAUACCUGAGAUGGAAUCUGAUCAAGAAGAUAGAAGGGCUGGACACCUUGACUACACUGGUGGAGCUCGAGCUGUAUGAUAACCAGAUCACAGUCAUUGAGAAUUUGGACAACCUCGUCAAUUUGGAAAUUCUGGACCUGUCGUUCAACCGCAUCAAGGAGGUCCAGGGACUGGACAACCUGCGCAACCUGAAGCGAGUGUUCUUGAGCUCCAACAAGAUCACGGAGAUCAAGAAUGUCAACCACCUGGCCAAGCUGGAGCUGCUCGAGCUGGGCGAUAACCGGAUAAGGGAAAUCAAAAACCUGGACGGCAUGAAGCAACUCAAGCAGCUUUUCUUAGGCAAAAACAAGAUCAGUAAGAUCCAGAACUUGGAAGAUUUGACCGAGCUUGACACUUUAGUGCUGCAGAGCAACAGAAUCACUAAGAUUGAAAACUUAGAGGCUCUGACAAAGUUAGAUCAGUUAUACUUGUCGGAGAACGGUAUAUCUGCUAUUGAGAACUUGGAUGCUCAGGUCAAGUUGCAGACGCUAGACCUAGCCAUGAACAGGGUCACUGAGAUUGAUAAUCUGAGACACAUGAGCGAGUUGGAAGAGCUAUGGUUAAACGACAACCUGAUCUCCGAGUGGUCGUCCAUAGACCGGCUACAGAAUAACAAGAAGAUAGCGACGAUAUACCUGGAGCGCAACCCCAUAGCAAGCGACCCCGCCUACCGGAGGAAACUCAAGCUCGCUCUGCCUUCCCUGCAACAGAUUGACGCCACAUUGUGUAGAUAAGGAUCCAUAUUUCCUCUCAUGUAGUUUGGCCCGAGAACUGGGGGAUUAAAACCGGCCAAGUGCAACUUGGACUCGCGCACGAAGGGUUCCGUACUAUUGACUAGGUAAACAACAAUAGGUACUUUUUUUUUACCUUUGAUGGGUUUGCUCUUGGCCCCAGAUUUGCCCGUAUGCAUUGACGAGGCCUAAGAUGGAGCGAGCUCGCCCAGAAGGUGCCUGUUCACUUGGCCUUGAAAGUACCCGGGUUAUAUGCAUUCGGAAAUACAGAAGACGGCAAUUCCAAUCCUUAGCAAAAAUCAAAUCAAUUUAUGUACUAGAACACAUAAAAAUACAAAAAGGUGGUAAAAUCAUUUGCAUAACAGUGUUGUGAUGUGGUCGGCUUGCAUGCAGGCACAUUGCAUAUUGUGUGAUAUCGAGCAAUAACGGGCAAUUUUUUUUUUGUAUGGGAGCUUCCUUAAAAAAAUAUUUUAUUUUGUUUGUAGUAUUUGUUGUAAUGGCCGCAACAGAAAUACAUAAGUUGUGAAAAUUUCAACUGUCUAGCUAUCGCAGUUCAUGAGAUACAGUCUCGUGACAGACGGACGGACAGACAGCGAAAUUUUAUUAAUAGGGUCCCUUUUUUACCAUAUGCGUACGGAACCUUAAAACGCCACAUUGAAGUCAUUCACCUUAUAAAACAAUAUUGCUAAUUCCGGUUUAUUAAUCGCAAUCGGCUUGCCCGCAAUUAUAUGGGGUUUAAACAUAGCAUGCGAGUAUAAUUUAAAUCAAUAAAAGACAAUCGCACGGACUUUCACUUACGAUAUAUUUUGGAACUUGAGAAUAACCCCCUAGUUCUGUUCUCGGACCAAAUAAGUACAUAGAAGUUGGUAGUUAGACAUGGUAGUAUUUAGAAUAGAUAAAUAAGGGAAAUUGGACAUUGUCCAAAAAUCUAAAGGGCCUUCAAACAUGGUUUGAUGCAGCGUGCAGCUUUUUAAAUUGCUAGAUUGAGCAACAAACAUAAGGCUUAUUUUCUAUUGGUGCAAUCGCCGAGUCGUCGCUUAAAUAUUAAUUAAAACAUACACAUACAUAAACUCACGCCCGUAAUCCCUAAUGGGGUGGGCUGAGCCACAAGUAAUCAAAGACAACUGGCAACCACUGUUGAUACGAUGUCGUAAGCUGGAUAUGUUGAACCUUAUGGCGAUAAGGGAUCAUCCUAUCGCCUAUAACAACAAAACGACACAACAAAAUCAACACAUAAAUAAAUAAUUAAAACAUCGUUUAUAAAUAAUAUAGACUAGUUUCCGAAAUAAAUAUUAUGAAUUUGAAUUCUCAGUUCACACAACUUACUGCAGAUGGCGCCACUAGGAUAUACAGUAGCCCACAAAGCGGUUCCGAGACCCUUUGUAGCGACACAUUUCAUAACAUUUUACAAUGUCAGCGUUCUUGGUAGCAAACAACGGCAACGUGGCCCUUUGGCUGGCCCCCACACUUUAGGGCUCCGUACCAAAAUGGCAAAAAUGAACCCUAAUGGUGUGUCCUCCAAGUGACACCAAACACCACGUUGAUAGCAUUUAUACUCGUGAACUUAUGCUGUAUUAGAAAAGGUUUUUGUCACGUUUACAUUUCUUUACAAGGUUUUACAGAAACACUUCCAAAUAUUUAUUAAAAUGUAUUGAAUGUAUCUUGUCGGUACUGUAUAGAUGUCAGUGGAUUCGUUGUGUAGUAUAUUAUUAUAUUUAUGUGGUUACGACGUAGCCAGGGCAAAGCGACCUUAUUGUCGAUGUACUAAGACUCAUUUACAAAAUCUUAUAAAUCCGUGAGCCAAAUUCAAGAACGCGUAAUGCGAGCUCUAUACAACUCAAUUCGACUUUAUGAGUUUGAAUUAUAGAUAAUUGAUAUCAAAUGGUUUCCACGAUUUAUGCCCGGUUAAAGGCAAUAGGCUUGCCGCUAUUACAUAGGAUUCAAACACAGCUGUCGGCGAGUGGGUGUGUGUAUUAUACACCUCUAACUACCCCUUCGGGAACACAGGCGCGAUGUUUUGUUUUGUACCAAAAAUAUAUAAACUAAUCAAAAGAAAAUCUACCUAGACUGCAAUGAGACAGGGUUUAAAAAGCUUUCUAACACCCGUUCAUUUCGACAAGAAAGGUCUCUGUGCUCAGACAACGUAAUGGUUUUAAUUCCCGUAGACAUUAUCCAAUUUCAUUUUAAGUUAUACCUCUAAUUUUCUUAGCCGCUGAAAAGAAAAGAGACGGGUAAUCGACAGGGAUACAAUUUAUGGAAACACGUCAAUUUUAAGCACAAAUAUAAAACAACGCUCUAAAAAUUUUACAUUAGACAAUAACCGGACAUAAUUAAGUUGACAGAUACCUGUUAUAAUUCGCCCGGGUUAUUCAUUCAUUUUAAAAUUAACACCUGUCGAUCAUCCGUCCCUUUCCUUUUCGGCGGAUAAGAAAAUGAUAAAUAUAACUUAAAAUAAAAUUAGAUGGUGUCUGCAGGAAUCGGGGCCACUAUAAGUGUAAUUUAUUAUAUUUGUGUGUAGAAUUAUUUUGCGACACAUAUCAGUACCUUCCAUUUUAUAUAAUAUGAUUGUUGUGUUAACAAAAUCAUGUUUUAUGAAGACCAGGUAUGCUUAAUCCUAUAACAAGCCGCCAUUGCUAGCUCUGAUGACGCAAGUGUUACCAUAUUAUUGAAAAUUAAUUGAAUUACUGACUAAUGUAUUUAAUUACUAUUAUUUGUCACAUAUAUAAAAAUCAUCAAAACUGUAAGAAAUCUUUUAAUAAAAGUUCAAAAUUUCCUUGCAAAAAUAUGAGAACCUUGGUCGUGGGUAAUUUAUUUUUUACGAAAUGGCAACGCAGGGUGGAGUGACGUCAGCUGGGCUAACCUUGAAAUGCUAGCUGUCACUUUUGAGCAUACCUGGUUUUCUUAUACCAUGAACAAAAUUAAGUGCCUCCAAAAGUGUCCAGUAAAUAAUUGUACUGUAAAGUAUGGACUAGUGAAAUUAUUAUGAAACCGAGUGUUUACUGGAAUACCGUUGAUACAUACAGGGUAGGCGUAGGGUAGGCCUCAUAUUGUAGGAAAAAAACUUUUAAAUUGUUUGGGUUAAUUUUGAGACGGAGAAAUGUAUUUUUCAUUUUGGUUGGCAGUUUUCUUUCUUGCACUAAAGUCAGCGUUGCCAGAUUUUUUUUUCCAAAUCGGGACAUAGUAAAAAAACGUAUAAAUAAAAAGUUUUUUAAUAUUUAUCUUUUAAUUUGAGUUCAAAAAUAUCCAUAGAAAAUGUAUUUCAAUAAAAAUAUGAUAUUUUUAAUCAGAUUUACCCUACAGACGGCCAGUCCACACUUGUCUGUGCCAUCCGCCCGCGCUUUCUCAGCACGUUGCACGCACGGUCGAGUUAUUCCCGAAAAGCGGGACUGAGCCUGUCCCGUGCGGGACAUUAAAUUUUGAUUUAAAAAUCGGGACGUCCCGCCAAAAUCGGGACGUCUGGCAACGCUGAGUCUAAAGUACAUACAUACAUAAACUCACGCCCUUAAUCCCUAAUCGGGUGGGCAGAGCCACAAGUAAUAAAAGACAACAUGCAGCCACUGUUGAUACGAUGUCGUAAGUUGGAUAUGAUAAACCUUAUGGUGAUAAGGGAGUCUAAAGUACAUAACAUAAACACGUAAGAAGAAGAACAGUAAAAGUAAGUUAAUGGCACUGUAUUUACAACUGUUAAACUAAAAUAAAAUUAUACACGUCUGUCUAUGUGUAAGUACAGUCAUGAGCAGUACAUAUAAUGUACCCAGUUUAGGACCCUGUCGCACUAACAUAUUUGACAUUUAGUGAGACUUACAGUGCAAUUUGUCAAGAAACAUCAUGUGACAUGGUACCAUAAUGUAUACGUAUUGAUGCUCGUGACCCUGCAUCAGAUAAUAAUACGUCCAUCUUGUUAGACAACGCGUUAUUCUAGUAAAAAUCUCAGUUUUGUAGUUACAUUGUAUUUAGCUAAUUAAUUCUGUUGAUAUACCGUUAGCAGCAAAAAUAUUGAUUAUAUAAAUAAACGUACAAUUAUAUAUUAGGGACUUUCCAAGCUACGAGCCUCAAAAACAAUAUAGAUGUGCUCAUCAGUGCAUCGAGUAUUUUUGCUGUUGACUGUACUCUGUAACUUAUAUUUUUAUACUGAAGUAAGUAGUUAUGCAUUUAAGACUACGCCAGCGAUUUUAUUGAACAAUAACUGUUGUGUAAUAUAACUAAUGAAUUAAAUAUUUGUUUAUUUA